AUGGAGGUGAAAUGGCCGUUUGUGGGAAUGGCGUUCUUCAUCCUGGUCUCCAUCAUCAUGACCUGCUGUUUUGUCUGGCAGUACAAGCUCCCGAAAGAGGAGAUAAGUAAAUAUUCCAUUUCUAAAGCACCGGAACCCGUGCAGAUGUGUCCACGCCAUCCCCAAGCUGUGCCUCUGGAACAUCCCAUCCCCAUCCUGAAAGAAGCCCUGGAAAAGGUUGACAUGUUUCUACGCCAUCAGAUACAUCCACUCAGUCUGCCCUCCAUCUCAACUAUCGUGAUUUACAACGACACCGUACUGUGGACUGGCAACUUUGGCAAGAAGAACGCAUCCGACGAGUUUUCACCCCCACCCAAUGAAUACACAGCGUACAGGAUCGCGAGUCUCUCCAAGAUCUUCCCAACUAUUAUGAUGUACAAAUUGUGGCAAGAAGGAAAAAUCACCUCAUUGGACGACCCGCUAACAAAAUACAUCAAAAACUUUACUGUUAAAAACCCGCUGGGAAACUCGAGAGAAUCCGAACAUCACUCCUUGGCGGAUGGCCUGAUGUUCCUGGAGAAGAGGGAGCCCUUAGUGAGAACAUCAGCCGUCACACUGAAGAGAAUGGCCAGUCAGCUGUCAGGGUUACCCAGACGUCUGCGGUCAACAAGUCUGCUGUGGAAAGGCAACACGCAGAUGGCACUCAAUCUACUACAGGACGACUUGCUGGUUGCUGACCCUGGCACAAGAUGCCACUACAGUAACCUGGCCUUCUCGCUCUUGGCUCACGUCCUGGCUGACAAGGUGGCCGAGUGCGACUAUCAGCGCUGGGUCAGGGAGAACAUUCUGGACAGAAUGGGGAUGGAGCACACAGGAUUCGAGUUCACAGCCUCGGUCCGGUCACAGUUGGCGAUCGGCGUUUACAGUAACGGUCGUCCUGCUCAGCUGUACGACCUGGGCUGGUACCGCCCGUCUGGUCAGAUGUAUUCCACGGCUGCGGACCUGGCCAAGCUGGCGAUGGUCUUCCUGGGAGCCUUCCACAAACGCCUCCUGGAGCCCGACGCCCUCAAGAUGAUGCUCACGCCCAUGUUUAGAUGUUCCGAGGAAUACUUUGCCCGGAGGACAGGAACGCCUUGGGAGGUCAACGAGCUGUUCGGCUAUGACAUCGUCAAAAAAGACGGCGACCUGGACGGUUACUCGGCCACCUUCUCGCUCGUCCCCAAACUCAAGCUGGGCUUCAUCGUCCUGAUGUCCGGCUCCCGGCCACAAGAGGAAGACCUGACCACCAGUGUUUACAAUUACCUGAUCCCAGCCAUGGAAUCCGCCUUCCGCCAAGCCAGGCGUCUCCUCUCUGCCCCGCCUCACCCCAAGCCCUACGUGGGCUAUUACACCUACGCCAACCUGACCUUCUACGAGAUCAAGGGAAGCCCAAGUGGAGUGUUGGUCAUGCAGCAGUUUGGGCCUCACAUCGAGGACCUGAUCCCAGAGAGGUACAGGACCAUCCAGUUGCAUUAUUUGGAGGACAGGGUGUUCCAGAUCGUUUUUAAGAAUGAAUAUCCCUGCGUCCUGCGGUUCAACACCGCUUCCGUCUCGCUGGAGGCUCAAGACGGGCAACUCUUUAAUUUUUAUCAGUUCAACAGGAAAGGCCUGUCUCCCGGAUUCGAUGCUCCGGGUCUCAACACCUACAACGUUCUUCGAAUAAAUAAAAAGCCGAGGUUUUGA